AUGAACCCUCAAUCCACAUCGACUUCUUGCUUCCAGGGUCCAUCUCUACCCUUCCCCCCAUUGUGUGCGAAACGUGUCCUUUAUGAUACUCGCUCGUUGUAUGACCAGCAGGUUUUGAGUCGUUUCAACGCACUACCAACUAGGCAUCGCGUCGAGGAAGGGACUCUUGCACGACCGAUGGAAUCUAUCGCACACGGGCCAAUUCGACAACCUGCAGCAUCGACCUCUCAUCAUCUCGAGAUGCAUGGCAAUAUGGUAGAUGAGCAAGUAGACGACCUCCACGACGCAAUAGUACUCGGUGGAUCAGCACCUACUGAGAUUGGCUCGAUCGCGCGCCGUCUCGCUUACGAAAUCCCAUCCAGACCAAACCAGCAUUCCCUCAUCUUCGUCAAAGACCACGAUGAGGCUCAGCCGUUUCACCUGUCGGCCCAAUCUACCUCUCGCGCUUUUUAUCGCACAUCGGCCGUCGCCUCGACAUCCCAAUUAGAUGUGACAUCUUACUCGGUUCCCCACAACAUGAUUGACUGGAAGAGGGAGGACUACGCGGCCGCAUCUGCUCUACCAUUUGACCCGGAAAGUGAAGUCGCUUGCUCGACAGAUUCCAAUCACACCAAGAAUCGACACUCAAGUGGUCAAGGUGUUAGGAGGCAUUCUCGAGGGGCUAGAUCCCAAAAACCCAACCCGCAAUCACGGCUACCACUUUGCCGUCCGAAACAUUCCGAGAGAACAACCCACCAUUCUUCGGGUGUCGAGGCCGAUGUGGAUGAACCGGGACGAGAGCGUCAGAACUCAGUGGAUGUGCUUCGAUCGAUGCUACCAGCCGAUACAGUCCUGAGGGUCGGCUCUAGAUUUGUGACGUAUGACUCGCAUUCAGAUCAUCCGGAACUACCUCAACUGUGUUGGAUGGUAGGAAGACCAUUACUGAGGGAUCCAUGUGAACGAUUUGUUAAGAAAGUGAUGCGGAUGAGACUCGGAGAUCUCAAGGAUUAA